ACGUACGUAGGCGUUGAGGUGGAGUGACGCGUUUUGGAGCGCAACAUACAUUAGCGACUCAACUGACCAAGCAAACGCACCGCGCGCGCCGCGAUCAAUCCGAAGGAGUGCAGUGGGAACAGUUUGUAUGCGUAGAAGGGCCUCAAACUCGACGUCUCGGUUGCGAGCGAGCCCGGCAUGAUCUCUCGGCGAGGUCUUCUCCACUUCGCCUGCUACCAGGCAUAUCUUUGUCUUCGAAACACGUGCGAAUGGUCAAUGCGCUGCUGGUCUGCAAGGCGCAAAGAUUCCAAGCUUGCGCUGACUUUGGUCCGCUCUCGGAUGACCCCGAGUUCCGCCAAGUUCCGCCAUUGAAGCAUCGCAGUCAGAUGUCAGCAGCAGGUCCGGUAUGCCGCUUCUCUCCGCCAGCUGCAGCUUCGUGUUGCAUCUAGGGUUUCGACUGGCGCUGCGCUGGGGCGCCCCACGUCCACGUCAGCGCAGGCCUGUGCCAAAAUGUGCCCGAUCAUUGGAUGCUACUGAUGAUCUGAAUUGGUAUAGCCUGGAAUGCCAAUUGUGCAUCACCGGUAUCAGCCCGGUUAGCUCAGUCGGUAGAGCGCAAGGCUCUUACUCCUGCGGGGGUUGCAACCUUGUGGUCGUGGGUUCGAGCCCCACAUUGGGCGUAUCACAAGCGCAGCGCACGUUGCGAAUAUUUUUGCUUCUUGUGGGUCUCUCCAGCGUCCGGGUUUGGGAAUCCAGGCACGAUGCUGUUGCCAUUCGUGGCCUCCUUGUAUUUGGAUGGGCCGAGUUGCCAGGGAGGGGCGCUGCAGAAGGCUCCGAACUGCCGAAAGCAGGCAGAAGCAGGAGGGUGUGUCACGCCGUGAUGUCGCGCCCUACGAUAGGACACUGAACGUUUCGUGUGCCUGACAGCGACUGUUCCGAGGUCCGUGAUCGUCUUGCGCCACCUUCUCUCAUUCCGAUGUUCGCAGAUCUGUUAUGUCGGCCUCUGCAAAUGGCCGUGUUGGCCACGGCGUAGGCGGCCUGGAGCGCAUGCGUAGCGAGCGAGAGGGUGGCGCAAGAUGAUCACGUUCCGGCUUACACGUUGCCUCUGCGUUUAACGUCCACUAGGACGGGUCCCUCAUAUAGAACGGUCAAAGAC